UCUCCCUCACUCGUGUUCUUGCUCUCUGGACUUCUCUUGUGUGUUGUUCUGAUGGAAAUGUGGCGAAUCUUUCUGUUUCUCUCUCUUGUGGUCCAGCACAGUUCCGCAGAAGAAGUUAUGUUGCUGGACACUAGGGAGUCCACUGCUGAACUAGGCUGGACAACAUAUCCUGACACAGGGUGGGAUGAGGUAAGCGUGUUAGACGACAAGGGGAAACUUAUGCGUACCUUUGAAGUCUGCAAUGUCAAUCAGAACCCUCGUCUUCAAGACAACUGGCUGGCCACACCAUUCCUAUACCGGCAGUCAGCUCCACGGAUUUUUGUGACUCUACGUUUCUCAGUUCGCGACUGUGCCAGUCUACGCUCACCUUCCCCAACAUGCAGGGAGACACUGACACUGUACUACAAACAGGCUGACUCCCAGAGAGAGCUCGAGAGAACCUGGGCAGCUGAGCCUUCCAGUGGGGAGUCGAGAGAGGGCUGGGUAAAGAUUGACACCAUCGCAGCAGACAAGAGCUUCAGCCAUGUGGAGCCCAGUCUACCUCACCAGUACAAGUCUGAGAGCACACGACGCAUCAACAUCAAAACCCGCAGCUUUGCUCCUCUCACGCGCAAAGGGUUUGUGUUAGCAAUAGUAGACAGCGGAGCAUGUGUGUCGCUCAUGGGUGUUUCAAUAUUUUAUCACCGCUGCCCAGCAACCAGUCGUUACCUGGCCUUCUACCCAGCCACGCCCUCAGGGGCAGAGCCAACUUCUCUGGUUCCAGUGACUGGGACUUGUGUACCUCAUAGCCAAUCACAGGGCGGAACAGCUCCGAGAAUGCACUGUAACACAGAAGGUGAAUGGCUGGUUCCUGUAGGAGGAUGUACGUGUGAUGCGGGAUAUGAGCCCAACCAUAAUGGCUCAGCCUGUCUGGCAUGCCCGAUUGGGUCCUAUAAAGCAGUUGCAGGCUCAGUUUCAUGCACAGAGUGUCCGGCUAACAGCAGAACCAGUUCAGACGGCUCUAAAAUUUGCGAAUGUCGGAGUGGAUUCUACCGAGCACAAACUGAUGCUAACACCACUGCUUGCACAUGCCCUCCGUCAGCACCGCUGUCUCUAUCCUGGGAGUAUGAGAGUUCAGAGGGUGGGGUUUCGCUACGUUGGAGACCUCCCAAGGACAUGGGAGGUCGGAGUGAAGUGUGGUAUGGGGUGGUGUGUCGAAUCUGCCCUUCUGCCACUAACACCCCACCUAGCAUGUGCUCCUGGUGUGGAGAGACAGUCACUUUUUCCCCUUCUCAAAAUGGCUUAAAACAGACAAAAGUUACCCUCAAAAACCUGCUCACUAGAGUCACCUACCUCAUACAGGUUCAAGCAAUAAAUGAAGUGUCAGCACUGAGUCCGUUUCCACCUCAGUUUGCCAGCAUCAACUUCACCACCAGCCAAUCAGUGCCCUCUGAGGUUCCAAUGCUGCACCAGCUGAGCAGAGUUCAAGACUCCAUCACCCUGUCUUGGCCUCAACCUGACCGGCCUAAUGGUGACAUCUUGGAAUACCAGCUCCGAUUCUACGACAAGGGUUCUGAUGAGGACAAUGCGAUGAGUGUGUUCAGUGAAACUAACACAGUUACAGUUGGAAGUCUGAUUCCAGGCUCCAUCUACGCCUUCCAGAUCCGUGCUCGAAAUGAGAGAGGCUACGGACCCUACAGCCACACUAUUUACUUCAGCACUCUAGCAAUAGAGGAGCACUCCAAGCAAAUUCAAAAUCGUCUGCCUCUUAUGAUUGGAUCAGUGAUGGGGGGAGCAGCAUUUCUAUUGGUUGUGAUAGCGAUCAUCAUCGUGUUUGUAUUUCGAGGUAAAAGGCGAGAGAGCCCUUAUAGUGAUAGACUUCAGAGAUACAUCAGCAACAGAGGUGGGGUGAAAUAUUACGUAGAUCCCUCCACUUAUGAGGACCCCAGUGAAGCGGUCAAAGAAUUUGCACGAGAAAUUGACCCUGCUCACUUAAAGAUCGAAGAGGUCAUUGGUGCAGCUCACUUUGGAGAGGUGUCCCGUGGUCGGUACAGGCCACUAGGUCGUAGAGAAGUGCUGGUUGCAGUUAAGACUUUGCGUAGGGGAGUGACAGACCGUGAGAAGAAUGUGUUCCUCAGUGAGGCAGGAGUCCUUGGCCAGUUCGAUCACCCCAACGUACUGAAACUAGAGGGGGUGAUCACUCGCACCCCUCCUGAACGCAUUAUCACAGAGUUUAUGGAGAACGGUCCCCUUGAUGCCUUUCUCAGAGAAAACGAGGAUCAAUUCAGCGUGUUACAGCUGGUGGGUAUGGUGAGAGGUAUUGGAGCUGGUAUGCGCUAUCUUUCAGAGCGGAAUUUUGUGCAUCGUGACCUUGCUGCCCGGAAUGUUUUGGUGAAUUCGAACCUGGUGUGUAAAGUGUGCGACUUUGGCCUAUCGCGAUUAAUGAGGGGUCUAGACCACAACAUGCCCACCUACACUGCCUCAUUGGGCAGUAAGAUCCCUGUACGGUGGACAGCUCCUGAAGCUUUCCAGCAUCGUAAGUUCAGUUCAGCCAGUGAUGUCUGGAGCUUUGGGAUACUUAUGUGGGAGGUCAUGUCAUAUGGAGAACGUCCGUACUGGGACAUGAGCAACCAAGAGGUGAUGAAGGCAGUGACUGAUCAGUACCGCUUACCAGCUCCAAACGGUUGUCCCCCGGCUCUUCACGGUCUAAUGCUGCAGUGCUGGCAGGCCAACAGGCAGGACCGACCAGGCUUUGAUUCUCUCCUAUCAUCCCUUGACCGUCUCAUACGGCACCCUGCCUCCUUGAAGUCCGAACACAUCCGUCCCACUCAGCCACUCCUUAGUCCAACUCCUACUGACCUCUCAUCAGUAGUAACAGUCGGUGAUUGGCUGACGGCUCUAAAGAUGGACCGGUACAAAGAUGCAUUUGAGAGGGCACAGUACCACAGUUUGGAAAGAGCAAGCAUGCUCACAAUGGAGGAUGUGCAGGCUCUAGGAGUGAAUCUGCUUGGUCAUCAGCGGAAAAUCGUAAAUGCAGCUCAGCAACUCAGGACACACCUCACUCAGGGACAUGUGGAGGUCUAAGGCUUCCCACUUUGUGUUGUACAUGCUUAAUGAUGUAUUUCACAGCGUGUGGCAGCCCGUGGAGGUGUAGGAACACUGGAAUAAAAAGAGACAGAAAAAGGAAGAGACGAGGAGCCAAGAAAAAAAAAAGAGCAUUUUAUUAUUACUUUUUCACCCAUUUGUGCCACCCUUCCUUGCUGAACUGUUGUCUUCCAUAUUGCUCUUUCGCUUACAUUCUCUUUCAAUGUUGCACUACCUCUCACCUUUUCACUUAUCAGUUCAUUACUUGAUGCCAUUCAGUAUGAACUUGCGCCUUAAAAACACAAAAAAGAACAAUCUUUUCCCAAUCAGUUGCAAGGACAAUCAUAGACUUUAAAUGGACAGUAACUGACUGUUAUGUCUUUGUUGGCACUUUUGGUCAAUGACACUAGAUUUUUUUUUAUUAACUACUGUAUAUAACCAGACAAUACUCUCAUUGGUUGCUAACUGAAAACCACCUAAAAAACACCUAAAGGCUCUCAGUUUCUGGACCAAUGUCUAAUGUCAUACAAUAGUUGUGUGAAGUUAUUCAGGUACACAAACAUGAAAGUUUUAUUUUGUGAGUAACAAUCUUACACUACAGCCACAGUAUUUCACUACUUACCUAAGACUACCUAAGGGGCCGUUCAGAACGAACGCGUUAAGGCACCAAAAAUCAAUAGCUAGAUACUUCAGAGCAACAAACAAAACAGAACACACGUGUUUGAGGUUAAAGAUGUCGGUUUAGUGCAUGUGUACAUUGAAUUAAUUGAAAUGCAAAAACAUGUUCGGUGUGAACAGCCCCUAAGAUCUGUGACAUUCCAUGAUCUCACAUCACAUUCAAAAGCACCAUCUGUGCUGCUGUGAUAGCCAGUCCCUGAGAACAUUUCCCUUUACCAAUCCCAAACUUGUCCACUUUAGGCCCCUACCUAUAAUACCCAUGUACAUGACUAUCUCACCCUGUAAAUGAUGUGGCAUAAAGUCACACUGUAAUAUAUGAACAUUAUUAAGUAGUGUUGCAGUAAAUGUCAUAAUUUCUGGCUAAUGUUAAAGAAAGAGAGACACUUGUGUAUAUUUUAGGUGUGUGUGUGUGUGUGUGUCUUUGUAACUUGCAAUGAACAGAUGAAAGAAUCUGUGUAGUGCUGCUGAAGUUAAAACAAAAGUGUUUUCUUGGGCGUAAGAAUUGAUUCCUGUGUAAAGAAAUAUGUUUAAAAAAAAAAAAACGGGGAGUGUAUGUUCAAGUAGUUGUAUAUUUGGAUCUGUUUGAUUGUACAGUUGUUCACCACUA